GGACCUGUCAAUCAGCGGGGACAGUGACGUCACGACGCAGGUGACGCGCGUGAUUGCGGUGGGCUUCCGGUUGGAUCGCGGCGGGGCUGACGCUACAUCCGGUUUCGUGCGGCGCGGACGGCGGAGGGGGCAACAUGGCGAUGCAAGCGGCCAAGCGGGCGAACAUUCGUUUGCCUCCCGAAGUGAACCGCAUCUUAUACAUAAGAAAUUUGCCAUACAAAAUAACGGCAGAAGAAAUGUAUGAUAUAUUUGGGAAGUAUGGACCAAUCAGACAGAUCAGAGUUGGAAAUACACCUGAGACGAGAGGAACUGCCUAUGUGGUGUAUGAAGACAUUUUUGAUGCCAAGAAUGCUUGUGAUCAUUUAUCUGGAUUUAACGUCUGCAACAGAUACCUUGUAGUUUUAUACUACAAUGCAAACAGGGCAUUCCAGAAGAUGGAUACAAAGAAAAAGGAAGAGCAACUCAAAAUUCUCAAGGAAAAGUAUGGAAUUAACACAGAAACAAAAUGAACCAUUAAGUCUUUGUUUCAAUUUUUGCAUUGUAAAUAUUGCUGAAAGGGUUUUGAGUAAAAAGUGGAUAAAUCUCAAGAAUUUGAUACUUCAAGAAAAUCGUUCACUUAGAAUAAAUGGAUGGUUAUUUUAAAUAGUGCCAUUUAUUUUGGCUUUCAAUUGCAGGUCAACUAUCAGAAAAUCUUUUUUUUCUUUGUAAUUAUUUUCCUGAUUUAAAGCAUGGCAAAUACAGAAAAUAUUUGUAUUUAAAUUACUGUUUGUUUUUACUGGACUUAGUAGUUUGUGUUGAAGCUUUUCUUGCUGUUCAGAAUGUGCACACCUGUUCUCAGAAACAUAUAUAUUAAAAUAUUGUUCUGUGUAUAAAAGCUGCAGUUGUGGUCAAGUCUCUUGAUGUCAUUGAAUUUAGUAGUCAUAAUACUGAUGAUCGGUUCUUUCGGAUAGGUUGGAGAGGAAGUAUCUGUAUAUUCAAACCGCAGCUCCUUGUUAUGACCUUCCAUUACUUGUCUAACCACCAGAUUUGUUAUAUAUGGCAUUGUGAUUUACUGAGUUUCUUUUACAAGUGAAAAUUUAGUGCACAUGUUAUCAUAUUGCAUUAGGUGGUAUAGUUACCCCCAGAACAUACUGUUAUCACAUAAGAAACCAAGGAAAACAAGUGUCAACUAGUCAGAGAUGACCUUUCAUUGGUAUGAAGGUUCACUUCUGUGGGCAUGAUGUAUAUCUUUCAUCUUCAUAAUAAAACCACCCUCUUUGCAGUUUGCUUUAAAUAGAAUAAUAUUCCCUUUAACCUGAGCCAUUGUUCUACAGAACAAUAAUCAAUAUCCUGCAAGAAAAUGAAAUUGCUGUAAAAUCAAUUUAACUACUGUCUGAGUCAUUGUACAACCUGAUUAAGUGAGAUAGCUGCAGUACUUCAGUAGAAAGGUGUUAUGGGAAAUAGUUGUCCAUAUUUACUGUUUAACAGAUAAACUGUUAAGUUUAGCAGAUUUGAACCAAUGGAAAUGUUUAUUAUUUAAAUAUUCAAAUGACCUACUUUAAAUUACACUUAACUGCAGAUAAUACACUUGAAUCAGGAAUGUAAAUUUGAGGGGAACUAUUGCUGCUGGGUUUAUGAAAUGUCAAACUUCCUAAAGGUUUUAAAUGCUACCAGAAAUACAGAUAAGUCAUUACAUUUUGUGAAAUCAGUCUUAUGUAGAAUGUCAUAUUUAAGAAAAGUGAUAAAUGUUGAAAUGCAGCAGGUCAACAUCUGUUGGAGACAGUUUAGUAAAAAUUAGAUGUAUUUUCUGAGUUAGGUUGUGAUAAGCCACAAUGCAUUUUGUGCCUAUAUACCAGAUAAUUGGAUAUAUGCUACCUCCAUGGAAUUUUCAUCUUACAAAACAUUGUAAAAAUUAUUGAAAUACUUAGAACAAAUGUUCUAAUGGAUCCAAGUUAGUUCUCCAGCAUACUUAUAACCUUGCCUUAAUGUAUCAGUGGUUUGAUAAGUGAUUUUACUUUGCAGAAGUGUGGCUGGAGAACAAGAUUUGAAUAGAGAUUUUGUUUCAAGGGACAACCAAAUUUUGCUUUGUAAAGUUGUACCUGGCAUACUCAACUAUUCUCAAUAUGUUUUGCUUUUUUUUGAGAAGCACUUUAGUGAUGUACUGUGAAGGGUUUAUGAAAAUUAAUUAAAGUGUAAUUGAGAGUUUU